GCUUAUUGGUCGCUGCUUCUGCCAGGGCAAGGCUCACCAGCCCUUGGGCUGCAGCGAAGCUGCUGCGACCACUGAGCACCUGUGGCAGGGCGCUGCGGUCCCUGACCCACUUGGGGUCUGCUCGCGAGCCGUCUGGGCGCCUAAGUUCUGUCCCACUCUCGGUGAGAGCCGCAGCUCCAUUUGCCAAGAUGUCCAAGGUAGCCAAGUACCGCCGGCAGGUGAGUGAGGACCCUGACAUCGACAGCCUCCUGUCCACCCUGUCUCCUGAGGAGAUGGAAGAGCUGGAGAAGGAGCUGGACGUGGCGGACCCAGAUGGGAGCAUUCCCGUGGGGCUGCGGCAGAGGAACCAGACGGACAAACAGUCCACGGGCCUGUACAACCGGGAAGCCAUGCUCAACUUCUGCGAAAAGGAGACCAAGAAACUGAUCCAGAGGGAGCUGUCCAUGGAUGAAAGCAAGCAAGCAGAGACGCGUGCAGAUGCCAAGAACGGAGAGGAAAGGGGCAGAGAUGCCAGCAAAAAAGCCCUGGGCCCCAGACAGGAUUCGGACGUGGGCAAGGAGCUGAAGAGGGGCAAUUUAAAGAAAAGCUUCUCCAGGGACAAGGAGGAAGCUGGCGGCAGGAGUGAGGGGAAGCCCAAGGAAGAAAAGCUCAUCAGGGGCGUCGACAAGGGCCGGGUCAGGGCCGCAGUGGACAAGAAGGAGGCAGGGAAGGAUGGGAGAGGAGAGGACAGGACAGCAGCCACCAGGCGGGAAGAGGAGAAGAAAGGGAGUGACAGGAGCGCAGACUUGAGCAGGGACAAGGGUAAGAAGCCAGAGGAAGUGGUCACGACAGAGGCUGAGAAGGCGACCGGCGACAGCAGGGGCACAGGCGCCACCAGGAGAGAGGACGAGAGGAUAAGAAGGGCAGGUGCAGACGCAGACAGGAAAAAAGAGGAUGAGGGGACGAAAGGAGGAAGUGGGGACCGGGACUCGAAGAAGCAGGAGGAAGAAGUCCAGAAGGAGGAGUCCGAGAGUGAAAAGGAAGUCAAGGAAGAGGGCAAGACCAAAGCGGCGGAGAAGCAGGGUCCCGGGGGCCCGGCCGGGGCAGAGGAGGAGGAGGCCGCUCCCAGCAUAUUUGACGAACCUCUGGAGAGGGUGAAGAACAACGACCCGGGGACGACCGAGGUGAACGUCAACAACUCGGACUGCAUCACAAACGAGAUCCUGGUCCGGUUCACCGAGGCCCUGGAGUUCAACACUGCGGUCAAGGUGUUCGCCCUGGCCAACACGCGAGCCGAUGACCACGUGGCCUUCGCCAUCGCCAUCAUGCUCAAGGCCAACAAGACCAUCACCAGCCUCAACCUGGACUCCAACCACAUCACGGGCAAGGGCAUCCUGGCCAUCUUCCGGGCCCUCCUCCAGAACAGCACACUGACCGAGCUGCGCUUCCACAACCAGCGGCACAUCUGUGGGGGCAAGACGGAGAUGGAGAUCGCCAAGCUGCUGAAGGAGAACACCACGCUGCUCAAGCUGGGCUACCACUUUGAGCUGGCCGGGCCGCGCAUGACCGUCACCAACCUGCUCAGCCGCAACAUGGACAAGCAGCGGCAGAAGCGGCUGCAGGAGCAAAGGCAGGCCCAGGAGGCCAGCGGAGAGAAGAAGGGACUGCUGGAGGUGCCCAGGGUCGGGGCCGUGGCCAAGGGCUCCCCCAAGCCUUCACCCAAGCCUUCUCCAAAGAACUCGCCCAAGAAAGGGGGUGCUCCUGCCGCCCCGCCCCCUCCUCCCCCUCCGCUGGCUCCUCCCCUUAUCAUGGAGAACCUGAAGAAUUCACUCUCACCGGCCACGCAGAGGAAGAUGGGGGACAAAGUCCUCCCUGCCCAGGAGAAGAACUCGCGCGACCAGCUCCUGGCCGCCAUCCGCUCCAGCAACCUCAAGCAGCUGAAGAAGGCAAGUGGUGUGGGCGCGUGUACAAGGCCAGGUGGGCAGGGCUUGCAGGAGACGCACUGAAAGGGCACACACGCGGAGCCUCACGUCAGGCACACUCCCAGGGCCCUCCAGGCCGUUCCCAGCUGGCUUUAGAGGCCAGACUCCAUGCUCCCUUCAAGGAAUUUCCUUCAGUGUUUCCCUCCACACUCUGCCCUCCUCUGCUCAGUCAGGCCCACUUCUGCAGACGGACAGACAGACUUUCCAAGGAGUGUGGCGGUGGGCCCUCCUGUAAGUUCUCUCUUCUCCAGUCCCCCAAACAAAAAUGACUGGGAAGAGGCCGGGGAUUUAGCUCACUGGUUCUGCUGCCUGCCUUGUAAGCGCAAGGUCCCAAGUUCAAUCCCCAGUACCCCCCCCCAAAUAUUUAAAAAAAGAAAAACAAAUGAUCGUGGUUUUACUUAAUCACCUCUCAGGACCAGCCUGGUCCUGCCACCCAGUCUAUCCCAAAGGCCUCCAGUAUAAUCCAGUGGCCCUUGAGUGACAGCCAGCUGUUACAGAACUGGCGUCAGGACCUCCCGCACUCACCCCUCGGACACACACUAAGCGGUCUAGAGUAUGGUCCUUCCAGCAGGGAGGGACAUCAGAGGGAGCCCAGAGGCCUCCACCAACCCCUCCUGCUCUCACCGUGUCUGCUUUGCCUACAGGUGGAGGUGCCCAAGCUGCUUCAGUAGGACCAGGCUGCCAGGCUCUGGUGCCAACGCCAUGACCACCCGACUCACGUCCCAGGGCUGCACAGACCCUGCCCGCCCCCUGGCUGACCUGCCGU